CGAAGAAGAAGCAGACGACGCUACUUUGCUUCACUUUACACGCUUGCGCAAUGACACGCUAACGCUUCCUAAAGUGCUAGCAGUAGGACGCUUCGGUAUGGUGCUAGAUCCAGUUACAGGCUUGACAGACAACUAUUUACAUUCAUCACGUAUAACUCACGCUCGACAUGGGGAAAGGCUGUAAAGUUGUGGUGUGUGGUCAGGCAGCAGUUGGAAAAACUGCCAUUUUGGAACAGCUGCUGUACGGAAAUCACACUGUAGGCUCUGAGUCCAGUGAAACACAGGAGGACGUGUACAUGGCCUCAGUGGAAACGGAUCGUGGUGUGAAGGAGCAGUUAAGGCUCUAUGACACCAAGGGCCUCAACGAUGGGCAAGAUCUUCCCAAGCACUACUACUCGGUGGCUGAUGGAUUUGUGCUCGUCUACAGCAUUGACAGCUUGGAGUCUUUUAAGAAAGUGGAUAUCCUGAAAAAGGAAAUAGAUAAAUCCAGAGAUAAAAAGGAGGUGGCAGUAAUAGUGCUGGGCAAUAAGACAGACCUGCGGGAUUGUCGCCAAGUGGACCAAGAGGCGGCACAGCAGUGGGCGCGUGGCGAGAAGGUGAAGCUGUGGGAGGUGAGCGUCGCCGAACGCAACUCCCUCAUCGAACCCUUCACCCAGCUCACCAGCCGCCUCACCCAGCCCCAGAGCAAGUCUUCCUUCCCUCUGCCGGGCCGCAAAAGCAAGGGCACAUCAUCCAAUGAUAUGUAAAACUCUACUCACCCUUCUUCAAACAAUAGCGUUCCUCCUCCUUUUAUCAGAACAACCGGCAGGAUAUGAUGGAUAUGCCUUUAUGUUAGCUACAUGACUAUAAAAAAAUGGAUGUGAUCAGUUUGAAAGUGACAGAAGCGUAGGUAUGCCAGUACUAUGUCUGUGUGUUAGAGUUGGACCUGGAUGUGCUUUUGACAGCUUAGCAUGAAGAGAUUUGUUGAGGUACUGCAUGACUACAGUGCCUGUCCCUGGAACUGGUGCUUCCAGUUUUAAAAUUUGUUUAUAAAGCAGAACCAGAAAAAAAGGGAUGAAUUGGAGUCUGUUGUUCAAUACUAUCCUGCAGUAGAAACUCACUAUUAGUAACAGGUACAUUAGAUUGUGCAGGUGUACAGCAGCUAACAAAGUACUAUAUCGUCCCCUAAGGACCGAAUUCUUCUGUGUGUGUUUAUUUGACAAAAGUGGUUGUAACUGCAGUAGCAGUUUCCCUUCACUCUUGAUGCUAAACUAGUUGAAGUACUGACACCAACUCUCUGCUUACACUCCGAUGUGACCUAUGCCAAGCUACAGAUGUGUCUCUGGACAAAUAAGUUAAAGUUGUAGACCUUGUACUUGUUUAGUCUCUAACCAGUGUGCUGAACGCUGUAGUGUGUAGGCAGUCAGGUUCUUUUAUUUAUAAAACCUAUAACAAAAAAUAUAAAAUUUAAAAUGUAGCAUAGCCAAGCACUUUAGAACCAAAGAAGUGUGAUAAAACAGAGAUUUUAACAUUUGAGUUGUUUUGUGAAAUAACUAUGUAAUCACUGUUGUUUCACCUGAAAUGUGUCAUUCCAAACUAAGAUAAGUCCUUUUUAAUGCCACAUUCCUUUGCUCACACAGCCUAGAGUUCUCUGUCCUCUUAAGGGCAGUGAAUACAUCAGACUUAGGGCGCAUUACAGGUCUGUGGUAAACUGUUUGUCAGACAUAGAUGUGCUUGAGAAAUCUGACGCUGGCCUUUAAAUUCUUCGUUCCACACGUCGAUCUAUCCAUUAAAAUCUCAUGACUAACAGGUUUAUAUUCAUUUCCCACUUGACGUUUGCGGCAUUAAUCCUCCUGUGGUAGGACUCUGUUUGCCUUCCUCCGGUCCAUCUCAAAUGUGGACUGGCAGCAAUAAUAUUCACAGUACUAUUUACUUGGCAUUUGUUUGGGUGUUUGUUUUACUUCUGGGUGGUUUAGCCUGUUAAACUCAGAAAGCUGAGUGUGUGUGUGUUUGUCUUUUGAGCAGUAGAAAGGAAUAUUUAUUUUUUAACUAAUUUAUUUUUGACACUUUAAUGAACAACAUUCCCUGACUUGUAAGAAUGGAGAUGUGAUCUGUUGUCUGUGUCCAUGCUUCAGAGUAAUAACAUUUCAUGUGCUACUAGAACAAAUUCAUGCUGACAUCAAUUAUUCUGUGCUCUGUAUCACUGUAUAUAGAAAGGUGCACUGAAUAAAAUGCAGCUUAAUAUUAAA